AUGGUCAAGGAAACUAAGUUUUACGAUAUCUUGGGGGUUCCCCCGACGGCUUCUGAGGCCCAACUGAAGUCUGCCUACAAGAAGGGUGCUCUGAAGUACCACCCUGACAAGAACACAAACAACCCCGAAGCCGCUGAGAAGUUCAAGGAAUUGUCUCACGCUUACGAAACCCUCUCCGACCCCCAGAAGCGUAGCCUUUACGACCAGCUUGGUGAGGAGGGUCUUGAGCAUGGCGGUGCUGGCGGUGGUAUGGGCGCCGAGGACCUUUUCGCUCAGUUCUUCGGCGGCGGUGGUGGUUUCGGCGGCAUGUUCGGUGGUGGCAUGCGUGACCAGGGCCCCAAGAAGGCUCGUACCAUUCAUCACGUUCACAAGGUCAACCUCGAGGAUAUCUACCGCGGUAAGGUCUCGAAGCUGGCCCUUCAGAAGUCCGUCAUCUGCCCGGGUUGUGAUGGUCGCGGUGGUAAGGAGGGUGCUGUCAAGUCGUGUACCGGCUGCAAUGGUUCCGGUAUGAAGACCAUGAUGCGCCAGAUGGGUCCCAUGAUCCAGCGAUUCCAGACCGUUUGCCCCGACUGCAAUGGCGAGGGUGAGAUCAUCCGUGAGAAGGACCGCUGCAAGCGCUGUAACGGCAAGAAGACCACCGUGGAGCGCAAGGUUCUCCACGUCCACGUUGACCGUGGUGUGAAGAACGGCCACAAGAUUGAGUUCCGCGGCGAGGGUGACCAAAUGCCCGGUGUUCUGCCCGGCGACGUCGUUUUCGAGAUUGAGCAGAAGCCCCACCCUCGCUUCCAGCGCAAGGACGACGACCUCUUCUACCAGGCCGAGAUCGACCUGCUCACUGCUCUUGGCGGUGGUACCAUCAACAUUGAGCAUCUUGAUGACCGGUGGUUGACCGUGACCGUCGCUCCAGGCGAGGUCAUCACUCCUGGUAUGUGCUUCCCCUCUCCAACCUCGACCUCGGCGCAUCAGUCUAACGUUCUCUCUGCAGGUGCUAUCAAGGUUAUCAAGGGCCAGGGUAUGCCUUCCUACCGCCACCACGACUUCGGUAACCUCUACAUCCAAUUCGAUGUGAAGUUCCCCGAGAAGGAUCAGCUCAAGAACCUCGAGUUGCUCGAGCAGGUCCUGCCUCCUCGCAUGGAGCAGACCCAACCCCCGCAGGACGCCAUGAUCGAGGACUUCGAGCUGGAGGACAUCGAUGGCAGCGAGACCUCUCAGGCUCGCGCACACGGUGCCGCCAACUCCAUGGACGAGGAUGACGAUGAUGUUCCUCCUGGCGCUGAGCGUGUGCAGUGCGCAUCGCAGUAA